GGCGUGUGAGGAGGCAGGCGAGAGUGGUGGGGUCGUCCUGGGCGCUCGUCUCCGCCGCCAUCCCGCCCACUGCGUGCGUCCCUCAUCUCAUCUGCUCUGUGCUGCUGCGCCGCUCACCGUUGCACAUCGCCACUCAUCUCACGCGUUCCACGCGGCCUCUGCGCCAACCCAUUUCAUGCCUAACUCCUCUCAUCCCCCCACCUCCUCUUCACUCCUGCCCUCAUCUUUGCAGUCCACGUCUUCCUUUCCUUUCUCCACUCUCCUUCUUGCUCAUGUUGCUUUCCCGUUGCUGUUUCUGCUCUGCCUUCAUUUGCACUUCAUUGCACUCUCUCGCACUCGUUCUUACACACACUCACAACCAUACACAGACGCCCACACUCACCCAUCCACACCUGCCCACACUCACCCAUCCACCCACCCGCCAACGAUCAACCAUCCACCAACCCUCCCACGCUCAACCAUCCACCCACCCGCCCACACCACCCAUCCACCCACCCGCCCACGCUCACCCAUCCACCCACCCGCCCAUACUCACCCAUCCACCCACCCGCCACCGCUCAACCAUCCACCAACCCUCCCACGCUUACCCCUUCCACCCACCUGCCAACUCUCAACCAUCCACCAACCCUCCCACGCUCACCCAUCCACCCACCCGGCCUCACUCGUCCAUCCACCCACUCACCCAUGCUCACCCAUCCACCCACCCGCCAACGCUCAACCAUCCACCAACCCUCCCACGCUCACCGUUCCACCCACCCGCCUCCACUCACCCAUCCACCCACCCGCCCACACCACCCAUCCACCCACCCGCCCACGCUCACCCAUCCACCCACCCGCCCAUACUCACCCAUCCACCAACCCUCCCACGCUCACCCAUCCAACCACCCGCCAUCGCUCAACCAUCCACCCACCCGCCCACGCUCACCCAUCCACCCAUCCGCCAACGCUCAACCAUCCACCAACCCUUCCACGCUCACCCAUCCACCCCACCCGCCAACGCUCAACCAUCCACCAACCCUUCCACGCUCACCCAUCCACCCACCCGCCUCCACUCACCCAUCCACCCACCCGACCCCACUCACCCAUCCACCCACCCGACCCCACUCACCCAUCCACGCACCCGCCCACACCAUCCAUCCACCCACCCGCCCACGCUCACCCAUCCACCCACCCGCCCCCACUCACCCAUCCACCCACCCGCCCCCUCUCACCCAUCCACCCACCCUCCCACGCUCACCCAUCCACCAACCCUCCCACGCUCACCCAUCCACCCACCCGACCCCACUCACCCAUCCACCGACCCGCCAACGCUCAACCAUCCACCAACCCUCCCACGCUCACCCAUCCACCCACCCGCCUUACUCACCCAUCCACCAACCCGCCAACGCUCAACCAUCCACCAACCCUCCCACGCUCACCCAUCCACCCACCCGACCCCACUCACCCAUCCACCAACCCGCCAACGCUCAACCAUCCACCAACCCGCCUUACUCACCCAUCCACCAACCCGCCAACGCUAAACCAUCCACCAACCCGCCAACGCUCAACCAUCCACCAACCCUCCCACGCUCACCCAUCCACCCACCCGGCCCCACUCAUCCAUCCACCCACUCACCCAUGCUCACCCAUCCACCAACCCGCCAACGCUCAACCAUCCACCAACCCUUCCACGCUCACCCAUCCACCCACCCGCCAUCGCUCAACCAUCCACCAACCCUCCCACGCUCACCGAUCCACCCACCCGCCUCCACUCACCCAUCUACCCACCCGACCCCACUCACCCAUCCACCCACCCGCCCACACCACCCAUCCACCCACCCGCCCACGCUCACCCAUCCACCCACCCGCCCAUACUCACCCAUCCACCAACCCUCCCACGCUCACCCAUCCAACCACCCGUCAUCGCUCAACCAUCCACCCACCCGCCCACGCUCACCCAUCCACCCAUCCGCCAACGCUCAACCAUCCACCAACCCUCCCACGCUCACCCAUCCACCCCACCCGCCAACGCUCAACCAUCCACCAACCUUCCACGCUCAUCCAUCCACCCACCCGCCUCCACUCACCCAUCCACCCACCCGACCCCACUCACCCAUCCACCCACCCGCCCACACCACCCAUCCACCCACCCGCCCACGCUCACCCAUCCACCCACCCGCCCCCACUCACCCAUCCACCCACCCGCCCCCACUCACCCAUCCACCCACCCUCCCACGCUCACCCAUCCACCCACCCUCCCACGCUCACCCAUCCACCCAUCCGCCAACGCUCAACCAUCCACCAACCCUCCCACGCUCACCCAUCCACCCACCCGCCUUACUCACCCAUCCACCAACCCGCCAACGCUCAACCAUCCACCAACCCGCCAACGCUCAACCAUCCACCCACCCGUCCAUGCUCACCCGUCGACCCACCCGCUCACGCUCAACCAUCCCCACCCGCCCACGAUCACCCAUCCACCCACCCGUCCGCACUAACCCAUCCACCCACCCGGCCCCACUCAUCCAUCCACCACCCAUACUCACCCAUCCACCCACCCGCUCCCACUCACCCAUCCACCAACCCGCCAACGUUCAACCAUCCACCAACCCUCCACGCUCACCCAUCCACCCACCCGCCCCCACUCACCCAUCCACCCACCCGUCCCCACUCACCCAUCCACCCACCCGCCCCCACUCACCAAUCCACCCACUCAAAGAGGAGGGGCGCCUCUUAG